CCAAAGUAGGCAAAGAAAGGUCAACUUACCCGAGGCAAGCAAGCCACACCUGCACAGCCACGCCCGGCCACCUCAUCAAACAUUGAACACCACACUGUACAGCACUGGACUCGACUGACCAACCACGAUAUCUCGACCUCACUUUCUUCAGGAAUCUUUCGCCUCGACUCGUAACCUCCACAGCAGAUCUCCAGACUUGCCACAGUCUGGCCCUUCGAAAGCAACAACUCCACACAUUUGCAGGCUCAUCCUGUAGUGCUGCUCUGACUGCGCGCCCCAGCGCCGAACACCCUCAUCCUCGAUAUGCUGAGACAACAUGACAGAGACAAACAUGCACCUAGAAGAAUGGCUUGAGGAUCUGGAGGUUAGGUUCAUUAUGAACAUUCCCCAUGAAGAUCUAUCUUCCAUCGAGCGAAUAUGCUUCCAAAUCGAAGAAGCACAAUGGUUCUACGAGGAUUUUAUCCGGCCUCAAGAUCCUUCUCUCCCCUCCAUGUCACUCAGGAAUUUCUGCGAAAAGAUAUUUGCGCAUUGUCCUAUGCUCUCCUCCUUCUCUCAAGGAAGUCAUAUGCAAGCUUUCGAACACUUUCUGGACUACAAAGCAAGAGUGCCUGUGAGGGGAGCAAUUAUGCUGAACUCGGCAAUGGACUCGGUGGUUCUUGUGAAGGGCUGGAAAAAGGGUGCGAACUGGAGCUUUCCCAGAGGUAAAAUCAAUAUGGACGAAGAUGAUCUAGACUGUGCUGUCAGAGAAGUCUACGAAGAGACUGGCCUCCAUCUGGAAGAAGCUGGUCUGGUCCCUGAAGAUCGGCAAGUGAAGUUCAUUGAGGUUAACAUGCGGGAGCAACAACUGAGGCUUUACGUAUUCAAAGAUGUUCCUAUGGAGACAUAUUUUGAGCCUCGGACAAGAAAGGAAAUUAGUAAGAUCGAAUGGUGGAAGCUUUCCGAACUCCCAGCAUUCAGGAAGAAGGGCCAACAUGAACAGAAUGCUGCUGCUUCUAAUGCAAAUAAAUUCUAUAUGGUGGCCCCGUUCCUAGUGCCUCUCCGAAAAUGGGUUGUCGAGCAGAAGAAGAGAGGAACCCGCACAAUCUCAAACAGCCAAUAUCAAUCAGCAGGCCUGAGUCAUGACGACUUCCUGACGGAAGAAGAUGUCGGUCCUGAGUCAGGCACUCAACUGCACUACCCAGAUGCUUCUGGAGAACCGGACAAUGAGACCAUGGUGGAUGCAACGGCGGCUUUGAAUCGUCUUCUCCACAUUCAACAACCUUCCCAAGAUUCGGAAGUGGAUGAUGAAAUGGAUUUUCAACGAGUUCAAAGCACGAAAGGCUCUGCUUUGCUUGCGCUACUUCAGAGCAAGCCUACAGUAGAUGUGCCACGAGCACAAAAUGCGCUGCCGCACACUCCUCUUGAGCAUACGGUCGGACAAGCCCCUAUGCCCCGAACACCGCAUCACUAUGCACCACGACCUCCACCUUUCUCUUCAAUGCCACCUCCACCUGCUUUUCCUCCUAUGCAACAGCAGAACACGUUCUCCUACCAGCAACCACAUAUCGAAAACCACUAUCGACAAAAUAACCAGCCGAGAGGAAUGCCAAAUCAACAACAACCUCCACGUCCACAUGAGAAUCCGCAUCAUUAUCAAUCCCAGCACCUCAUCCACCCGCAGCCUUUACCUCCCACUGUUCAAAGAGCUUUGUUUACUGGAGGUCCUGUACACUCCCCAGUGGCGCCGCAGCCUGUACAGCAACCACUUGCACAACAGCAUCCAGCCAAUGUAGCUAUGAACAAUCAAAAUCCUCAGUUUUCGGGGCUACAUGCACCUAUGGUACCACCAAUACCUAAAGGCUCGCCUCCGAAACUCACUAAGCAUACUCUGGCAUUGCUUGAUGCUUUCAAGCGACGGGAUCAAGAUGUCGCGGACGCGAAUGCCUCCAAUGAUCUUCCUCUACGGAGGUAUGCACCAGAGCAGCCCCCAGUGCCACGCCAUCAACCUCAGGAAUUGCCUGCCGACCUCUCACAAUUACCACAAGCCCCAUCUGUCCCUCAAUACAUACCUGAGAGUGCUUCAAAUAACACUCGAGCUCCAAAUCCUGGUAUGUUCACAACUAGACAGCCUAUCAGCGAAACUCAAAAAUCAACCCUGCUUGACCUCUUUAAGAGUCCAACUGCGACAAGCGCCAGCCCGUCCAAACCUCUUUCUGCUACGGCUCUACCUCCAAGUGCAACUCCUUCUGCAGUAGAACUCUCUGCCGUCGAACCGCUUUCCACCAAUGCUGCCACAACCUCCGCGCUUCUCAACGAUAAGAGAACGCCCGAUCCUUCAGCAAGAGAUGCACCAAUUCCAGAAUUGAACCCGGAAGCUAACCUCCCAUAUCGUGCCAUGGCCAUUCUUUCUCGACCUCCUGAGAUGAUGGAAAAAGAAGCUUCUUUGCAUAGCGGCACAUCCCACAGAAGUCAACACAGGAAUCAGACCAAUGGUAAAAAGCCAUCUUCGAGGUCAGGGAUGCAAGAGCCGCCGAAGAGGAGUCCAGAGAAAGCAUUUCAGCCACAGAUUCUCAAGCGUCCUCAGCCAGGCCAGUUCAAUGGUCAGGAACCUUCGAGACCAGCUCAAACUUCCAUGCCACAACCACCCAUGCCAGAGCCUCCAAUGGAUCCUCGUAAAUACCAACAAGCUGAUCACAGACAAAACUUGCUUUCGUUAUUCGGAAAGCCUCCAACGGGUGUUCAACAGCCCAACUAUUCACCAAACAACGGCGUUUCGCUCCCUGCUGAUCCUGCAUUGAGGUCGAGAGUAGGAAGUCUGGCUUCCGCUGAAGCAGCCCCUCGUCGCCCGAGCCAAGCUCCAAUCUCACCUGCAGACAAAGGAUUCUUGCUCGACUAUCUGGCGGCUGCCGUGGCAAAGGGUCAUUGAAGAGUGGCACAUGGUAGAUUUAAUGGGAUAUGAGGGAAGACUCGGCAGUUUGCUAUUCAUAGGUUUUCAUCGAAGCAUUUGAGCCUGUAUGGUCAUCAUCAGCAGAUUUAUAUUAGGCAUUAGCUAGCAAUCGUAGCUUAGGUGUGAUGGUGGAUGGUGGAAAGGAAUGAAUAAAAUGUCAAUAACGAGGUUGAGAUUCGUUGCCAAAUCCAGGAACUAUAGCUCCUCUCUCUGCGUAUAUCAUGAAUAUAU